CCUCCGUGACCUCAUCAGAAAGCGACCGUCUCCGGUGUGUGUGUGUCGUACCAUCAGCGGAGCUAACAGCUGCUUCGAUUGUGUUUUGUCUCCCUCGCCCUCUUUUCUUCAACCUCGGUGCCGUUAUGAGCGGCGGAGAAGAUCUUCUGGCUGGGACGAUCCAUCUCUUGUCAAAUCACCUGGGCGGUCAGAUGAUCAUGACAUUUAGUUAGCUCAGGAGUUUUACUCAUUUAGAUUCUGCGCUCAGGAAUUUUUUCCCCAAAUGUUGUGGUCGGUUUGUAAUUUCAUUUAUCUAAAAGCAGGUACAGGGUGUUUUAAUCCUUUUAGGUUGUAUAUGAUGGAUCAUUGGUUUUCGCAUAGUGUAGAUGCAAAGGCACAGCGCGAUACAUUUUUACAGGUUGAUGCAACCAAACUGAACUUGUGAAAGUCUUAAAUAAUGAAUUAUAUUUGUACAGCUACUACAGCUAGCCCCAAAGCUGGCCGGAACUUCCAAUAUUAUUUGGAAACGUAAUACAACUGCACAUGACCACAUGAUUUUGUGUAGAAUUAUUUUUGAAGUAUUGAUAUAACAAAAACGCAAUAUUUUUACAAAUCAAACUAACUUGUGGAAACUAAUUACUGACUGUCAAUAUCAGCCAAUCACUACAGGCUUGGCUUUGCUUUGACCAACCAAUCAGAUAAUUCCAAAGUGUUCUGCAAGGGCGAAUGAAACCGAUUUGUUAAAGAAACUGUAUUGCCAAUGAAAUACCUGUAAAAUGGACCACCUCAACUGAUUCUGAAGGUGGAUUAUAUUGGCAGCACACUGAUGCUGAAAUUAAUUAAUUGCACAAAACAAAACAUCUAAAAUUGAAUAGAUUGUUGGGGGAAAAUGUAUAUAAUUCCAUGGAACAAAUAUCCAAAUUUGUGUUGUAAAUAUAGGUGAGCGCUAGCUACCCUUGACCACUCUAUUGUAGGGAGAUAAUAAUGCCAGUAUCUACAGCGAUACACUGAUCCGGCGUUAAUGGGGCGACACCCGUCAACACUAGAAUUGGCCGGCCAGUCAGUUCUACGCUAAAACCGGUCCACAACCCAUGACGGAGUACUGCGAGGACGGGGGGCUGCUGUAUGAGCAAUCACCUCCCAUGCACAUCAAAGUGGAGUCUCCUGAAGGACACUCCGCAGGGGGAGCUUCUGAAAACGGCUUCCCCAGGGAUGAUGACGACUCAGAGGGCAGCUGUGACCAAAGCAGUGGACCGCGUGGAGGGCUGCCUUUCAACGUGGUAGUGGUGCACCCCAAGCUCAUGGCGCCCGGCAUGUCCUCAGACGACCUCUUGUCCAUCGAACAAAACAGAGCUAUGUCAGCUGCACUGGCUGCCAACAGUGCUGGCAAAAGAAAAAGUCGCUUCAGCGGCGCAGAGCUAGAGGUGUUGGUGUCCGAAGUGACGCGAUGUGAAGGAGAGCUUUUCGGGCCGGCGGGGAGGCUCCGCCGGCGUGAGCGGGAACGCAUAUGGGCCGGAAUCCUCGAGAGGGUCAACGCCGUGUCCAGAGUCCCUCGUACGCUUCGAGAGGUCAAAAAGCGUUGGGAUGACCUAAAGAGACGAAACGGCGGCCGGCUCGCCGACGCCCGUCACCGAAGCUGGUCUCUGCCCUCUAGCAGAGCCUCAACUCUGGGACAAUCUUCCCAGUCCAGUCCCAGGCUUCAACAUGGGAGGCAAAAGCAAAGUGCUAGGCCAAAGCCUACUUUCACGUGCUUCCCUGAGUCGGACACAGGUUUUGGAGGAGAUGGAUCCGAGAAAGAUGCAUUGGACAGAGAUGACGACAAUCCAGAGCACGAGAGGGACAUCGGCGAUCCUGACUGCGGAGACGACGACAACAGCAUGGAAGACAAACUUGGCCUCGGCUUAGGGCUGGGCAUCGGAGCGCCUCCGACUUCAGAACGAUGGCUGCCUCCCUCCCCGCUGUACAGCGCCCCCUUCCUCAACGGCAGCCCGGAGCCCAGCAGUCCUCAGCCGUCGCUCGGCGCGCAACAGGGUCCUCUGGAAGCCCCGCCUCGCGGCUCCUGGCUCGAAGAUGAACUGCGAGGGCUGGGAGAGGCAGCUAUUCAGCUGGGAAAUCGGGUAGACAAAAGUUUACGGGAAUUCGCAGACUGUUUCAGACAGGACAUGAGAACGCUAGUGGCAUCGCAAGAGGCAUUGGCUCUCAGUCUCCAGCAAAACAACGUUCUGCUUCAGAGGCUGCUGGGAGUGCUGGAGGCACAGCAUCAGCAGCAACAACGUGUGCAACAAACACAGCUUUCGCAGCAGCAGCAGCAACAACAUAUUGAACAACAAUUACAGCAACAGCUUGAAGUACCACAGCACAUAGUACAACAGCAACAACAAAAACUACAUCAGCUCCAGCUCACGCAUCAUUCCGACAGCCCUCCCACUGCAGCCCUGGUUUCUUCGCCAUCGUCGCCUGACCUUCAAGCUACUUUUCCCGUUCAUCCGCUCGCAGGCGUGAACGGGUGCGCGCAGAAGCCGCGGCGAGGAAAAGGUUUUGAUCACAGGCGCAGAAGACGGCGCUGAAAAUGGAAGGGAUCGGAUGGCAGUUUAAAGCACACAUUGCGUACUUGAUCAGUAGGGACGGAACGGUGGCUUUUGUUUUUAUUCCCCCCAAUGGCGAUAUUUGGAAUUUUGCUUCGGAAAUGCCCAUUGCACUUAAAAGUUGUCCUUAGAACCAUUACUGUAGAUGUGAGCUUAGAAGGUGGCCUUAAAUUUACCUAAGUAUUCUUGUGCUAAACAUUGAGCAACACUCGGGCCAUUUUAGACACAGUCUUAGUAGUCCAGAACUUGAGGUGCUGGUGUUCACGUUCAUGCUUUUCAAUAGAGCUUGUACUAUAUAAACAACAUUGUCAAUGUAACAAAAUGUUUUAACUUUUGGGGAGUAGUAUGGCAGCAACCAUACUUCUUCCAGAAAGUUAGGAAUAUUCGGCUUUCAAGUGGAAUUUUGGGAUGAAAAGGAAAUUCGUUGGUCUUCAGGUGAAUUUGAUUUAACCUUGUCACAACCUUUUGAAUGCUUAUAUCAAGCAGCUCACCUGUAAUAAUGAUUGUAGUAUAUUUGAGGCCCAUUUUAAACAUCCACGCGAAAGGCCAAUACGCCUAACUUUUUGUGAGUAGUGUAUAUUGUAGUUCAGUUGCUAUUGUAACUACCUGCAAAUGUAUGCCUGUGUUUUAACAGUUUCAUUUUGGAAAACUUUUCAUCUUGGGCAACACAUUAAUGCAUUCUGAGACAAAAAGGCACUUGUUUUUGCUUGUACGUACCACCUGAAAAGCUUGCGGCUUUAGCAUUACAACCAGCUUGAGUCAAAUCAAUUGGAAUUAGAGCGUACUAAAUAUGUAAGGGAAUUCUAUUCCUGCAUGCAGUGCAGUUUGUGUGUAGAUUGUUGUCUAAAACCACAUAUUGCUAUCAUAUUUAUAGUUUUGCACAAGGUAUAUUUUGUAGAUAUGUAUUAACACACAAAUAAAAAGUAAGACUGGUUCAUUGAAUGUGGAAUUAUUAUCCAGUGAGAUCAGACUCAUUUUCAGGGGUUGCAU